AACUCCAUUUCCUCUCCUUUCUCACAUAACAAGUUUCUGUCUGGGUUGGUCGACGGGAAACGUUCCUGGCCCUCAACCAUGAGUAUCGAAAAAGAUAACCUGCAGUUGAUACGUGAGGCCGUUGCUUCACUUGCAGCCAAGGAUCGAGAGAAGGAGAACGCCAAGCUGAAAGAAGCCGAGCGCCGGGCCAAAGAAGAAGAAGAGGCAGCGGCCAGACGGGAGGCGCAGCUAAACGAAGUCAUAACCCGAGUGUUUGAAGGCCACAAACCCUCGAUUACCGUCCAACGUAACACGCUAUAACUACAAGGAGGGCGCUUACAAGUCUAUCGGUAUUACGGAGCACAUGGUCGUCCACUGGGAGAUGCCCAGCUAUCUCAUUCGGGCGGAUUCAGAAGAGGCUGAAAGACAACGCUCGCGCGCUCUAGAUUACGAGAGAAGCGGCUCGCUCACCACCACCACCUCCCGACGUUUCUCGCAUUCGCUAGACCCGGACGAGCAGAGUGACGGGGAAGAGGACGACGACAACGACGAUGAGGAUGAUGACGGGGAGGAAUCGUCGACCAGGAGAGCAAAGAAGGAGAAGAAUGCGGACGCAUCCAGAGAGGGCGGCGGUGCUGCCGCAACUGCCGAUGCUGGCGGAGACUCGAAGAUAUUGAUCCAGUUCAACUACAUCGAUCGUGAAACUCAAACCUUGGAUACAUCGUUUACAUCGACACGCGAGACGAUGACCGUUCCGCCAAAGCGCGCCGGCUAUUCAGACAGUGUCACUCAGUGGGAGAUCUACGACAGGUGCAUCGAGGAACAAGCGCGCUUGGAAGCGGAGAAGAAGCGGAAAGCGGCUGCCAGUGCGCGCCAGCCGGCAGGCGGAGCGCAGGCGCAGACGGCGGCGGAACCUGAGCCACUACCGGACGAGCCAGACGAGCUUGAGAUCACGAUCAAGCUGGAGAACCUGGAGCCCAGCAGUGGUUCAGGAGGCAAGAAGAAGAAGACAGGUGGCAUAGGGGGCAAGGGUGGUGAUGAUGAUGGUGACACCGAGGAGCCUGUGAAGGAGCACGAUUGCUCGGCCAUCAGCAAGGUGGCCAAGGUCAUGGAGCGCAUGGUCACGCAGAACGGCGUGCGCGAUCGCAUUCACGACAUGGUGUACUUUGACGAUCCGCGCGACGGCACGGCAGGCUACAAGAAGCCCGGCACGCUCCUACACCUGUGGAGCGUGAAGGGUAACUACGGGUUCGGUAUAGCGGUGAAGUCGUUCUGCCUGUGCCCGCGCUACUCGGACAUGUUCGUCGCCACCUACCGAGGAGGGAAUCAUACACAAGUGCUCCACGCUUUACCAGCAGAACUACAUCCGCUCAUUCCAAGCGCACAACUUCACCAUCUACGCGGUGCGUUGGAACCCAUUCCAGCCGCGUGUGUUUGCGACGUGCGGAGUGGACAGUUGCGUGAAGAUCUGGGAUGAUGAGCGGCCAGAGACGCCGCUGUUUGUAUUCGACCUGGACGACCCCGUGAUUGACUUCUGCUGGGCAUCGUACUCAUCAACCGUGUUCGUCGCCGGCACAAUGAACGGAUAUGCCCAUGUGUACGACUUGGACAUUGACAAGUACAACCCGCUGUGCAAGCAGGACGUCAUACCGUACAGCAAGAAUCGCCUGACCAAGGUGCACUUUGUCCCCUCGCAGAUGCUUCUCAUUGCCGGCGACGAUCAUGGCAACAUACACACGCUCAAACUCUCGCCCAACCUGCGCAGGGGCGUGCGCAAGACGUCGCGCCAAAGCCAGUUGCGCAAGAUGAACGAAGUCAUCGCCUGGGUUUGGGAGCCAGCCGAUAUGGCCAGCGGUAACAAGAAGAAGAACAAGAAAGGUGGCAGAGGCGGCAAAGGUCCGCGUCUUUGACCUGAGCGUGGACAAGUACGACCCACUCUGUCGGCAGCUGGUCACGCAGAAGAAGAACAUGCACCUGACCAGGGUCCGCUUCAACAAGGAGUUCCCCUUCUUGCUGGCUGGGGAUGAUCGCGGCUACGUGCAGUCUCUGAAGCUGUCGCCAAACUUGCGCCAGGCCCUUACGUCCAAGACCUACUCAACGGAGACUGAAGUCGCCAAGAUGGACAAGCUCAUCGCCUGGGUUCAAGAGCCAGCAGAGCACAAAUAACCACGCGAGGCAAGUAUGCGUUCUCAGAUUGCCCCUGGAAAAGCAGGUCAGUAGAUUUGUCACAGACUGUGCGGUGCUCCGUGUUUGCUGUGGUUUCUGCGACUGUUGGCCGUGGCCAUUUCCCCAUGCCCUGGUACUGAUUGAGAGCAUCACUUUGAGCAAUUGUUGGAGAGCUAUGGACGACAGGUUACUAUCAAGUCAAAACUCUGAUCUAGGAGUGGAAUUGGCCAAGGGAGCAUUCACCGGCUUCAACCAUGCCUUUGCCACACUUCUGUUUCAUUGAACAUUUGGAAAUAGUGAGCUCCUUGUUAGGCUCGUGACUAUGAUGGUAUGUUUUUUUUCAAUUUUACUUGAGCAAUUAUUUUGAUUGUAUAUUGCAGACACGCAUGUGUAUAUACAUAUUAUAGUCUGGAUAAAGAUAUCACUACAUUUGCACUACCCAGUCAUUCUGGAUUUGAAUUGGAAUGAACACUAGGAAGCCUGCAUAAUAGCAUAGAGUCAAGUGUACAUAUCUGUACCCAAGCAUGCUUGGGCAGUGUCCCCACGCGUGGACUGCCUG